UCAGAAGAUGAUUCAUAUUGGCACGAAAAAAUGAAGAUAGCAGAGAAAGUUGCCUUGGAUACUUACAAUCCCAAUCCAAAUGAGGUAACAGAUCAUUUGAACAAGCAAGUGAAAGAGGUUAUAGAAGGUAUGAAUACGACUAGGAGGAGCCUGAAGAGAUACGAAGGAGGAUGUAGUGUAUCAAACCCGAUUGACAGAUGCUGGAGGUGCCGUCAAGAUUGGGCAACGAAUCGGUUUCGUCUAGCCGACUGCUCAAUGGGGUUUGCCCGUGGGGUGACCGGAGGAAAAGGAGGCAAGAUCUACGUGGUAACGGAUUCAUCAGACAGCGACCUUUUGAACCCAAAACCUGGAACCCUGCGUCACGCGUUGAUCCAAACUGAGCCUCUAUGGGUCAUCUUUGCCAGGUCCAUGAACAUUAGGCUUCAACAGGAGCUUAUUAUGGCGAGCCACAAGACGAUCGAUGGUAGAGGAACAAACGUGCACAUCGCUCAUGGGGCAGGGCUGACUGUUCAAUUUGUGCAGAAUAUAAUAAUCCACGGGAUUCAUAUUCAUGAUAUUGUUACUGGGAACGGUGGAAUGAUUAGAGAUUCGGUUAAUCAUUAUGGGUUUAGGACGAGGAGCGACGGGGAUGGGAUCUCCAUUUUCGGGGGUUCGAGAGUUUGGAUCGAUCACGUUUCCAUAUCGAAUUGCAUGGAUGGCUUAGUUGAUGCUAUCAUGGGAUCAACGGGCAUCACACUCUCCAAUAGCCAUUUUACGAAUCACAAUGAGUCUUUCUUGUUUGGUGCGAGUAAAGCCCACACGCAAGAUAAGCUCAUGCAGAUUACUGUUGCGUUCAACCAUUUUGGGAAGGGGCUGGUUCAGAGGCUGCCACGUGUCAGGUACGGCUUUGUUCACGUUGUCAACAAUGACUACACUCAUUGGCUAAAGUAUGCCAUUGGAGGAAGCAGCAAUCCCACCAUCAUCAGCCAGGGAAAUCGCUUCAUUGCCCCUCCUAACGUUUUUGCUAAAGAGGUGACAAAGAGGGAUUAUGCUGAGGAAAGCGAAUGGAAGAAUUGGCAAUGGAGAUCAGAGGGAGAUAUCAUGAUGAAUGGGGCUUUCUUUGUUCAAUCAGGCCCACCCUUCAAAGGCUUCAGUUCUUCAUUUCAUCGUGAAAAUGUGAUCGAUGCAGAGUCUGCAACACUUGUUGGCCUCAUCACAAGAUAUGCCGGGCCUCUCGAUUGCAAACCAAAUAAGCCCUGCUAG